CCCCGCAUGUCCAGGGAAGAGCAAACGUAUAAAUACCCCCAACGUGUCCAGACUGCAGCGGUGCCUAUGUGAGCGGGACAGGACUCAGCUCUGUAAAGGGACAUCGCAGACAUUGAUGCUGAACGACAUACUUUGAUAAAGACUUGGACAGAAACUGGCUUUAUUUUUCCAUCGGAGGAAGAUUGGAUAGCAAAAGACGCACCAGUUCUUAUACAGAAACGAUUUACGUUUAUUUUUGUUUUGUCGAGCCUUCUUUCUUUUUUUAUUUAUUAUUACCAGUUUACCACUACUGAGUCCAGGCAGUGGCAAAGAUGUGUGCCGCUGUGUGUUUUGUCCUUUUGCUUCCCUGGUUAGUCAACGCUCGUGCCGCUCCAUUUGAAUCGGAGGAUGUGGUACCUGUGCGCGUAAAGGGCAGGGUCAGUGGCCGCUUUUGGAAAAGGAGCGAAGAGCAGCCAAAGUUGGCCUUUAGAGCCUUUGGUAAGGACGUGACUCUAAAUCUAAUCCCGGACACCAACUUUCUUUCGCCUUCCUUCACCAUACAGCGCAUCAGAGCCAGGGAUGCGGGCGUUUUACGCAGCGGCUCGGGAGCCCUGAAUGUCCUCCACGCGGAUCUCCAGACAUUUAUGAACCAGACAGAGGAGAGCGAAGGACAGCUGAGAAGCUGCUUUUACUCUGGGAACGUAGACCAAGACCCAAACUCGGUCGUGGCUGUCAGUUUGUGCUCCGGCAUCUUUGGUUCCUUCAUUACGGACGGGAUUGAAUAUCUAAUUGAGCCCAAAGUCCGCGGAGGUCUGGGACUCGACCUCACGGAGCAGCUGCAUGUCAUCAAGAGGAGGAAAUUUAGCGGGAGCUCCGAUGGUCCGUUUCUGUUUGAGAAAGGGAGCCCCGAAAAAAAGCACGGGAGAAGUUUUACGCACGGAAACAGUGAUGCAAGAUGGGAACCUCGCCGGAGACGAUUUGUUUCUGCGCCACGGUUCAUUGAAACGCUGGUUGUAGCUGACACGACCAUGACCCACUUCUAUGGAGAUGAAAUAAAGCACUACAUACUCACACUCAUCUCCAUGGCAGCCCAGCUGUACAAGCACCCCAGCAUAAAGAACUCGGUGAACAUGGUGGUGGUGAAGAUGCUGGUGGUGGAGGACGAGGAGGUGGGGCCGGAGGUGUCCGGCAUCGGGGGCGUGGCCCUGCGGAACUUCUGCUCCUGGCAGCAGCUCUUCAACCCGCCCAGUCAGAGGCACCCGGAGCACUACGACACGGCCAUGCUGUUCACCAGAGAGGACAUCUGUGGAAAGAUGAGCUGUGACACAUUGGGCGUGGCCGACGUUGGGACCAUGUGUGACCCCAAGAGAAGCUGCUCGGUUAUUGAGGACAACGGCCUGCAAGCUGCCUUCACGGCCGCACAUGAACUCGGCCAUGUGUUGAGUAUGCCCCAUGAUGACUCCAAGACUUGUGAGAGACUGUUUGGAGACCUUGGAGGAAGUUACCUGAUGGCUCCUCUGUUUGUCAGCCUUAAUAAAACCAUGCCUUGGUCUCCCUGCAGUGCCCUUUACAUCACUGAGUUCUUUGACAACGGGCAUGGGGACUGUCUACUUGAUGUCCCGGAGAGUACGAUGCCUUUUCCAAAAGAGCUCCCGGGGGUUAAGUACAGCGUGGACCAACAGUGCCAGCAGAUCUUCGGAGAGGAGUUCGUCCUCUGCCCCAACAUCUCGGACAGCGACGUCUGCAGACAGCUGUGGUGUCAGGAGGACGGCACGUGGCAAUGCUCCACCAAGAACAGCAGCUUGCCCUGGGCCGACGGCACCCCCUGCCGCCCCAACGGGACCUGCCUCAACGGAGCGUGCAAGUCCACGGUGGAGGUGAUGCAGCCAAUGAUGGGUGAGGACGGCGGCUGGAGCUCGUGGGGGCCGUGGCAGCAGUGCUCCAGGACGUGCGGAGGCGGGGUGGAGUUCUCCUACAGGGAAUGCACCGACCCCGUGCCUCAGAACGGGGGGAAGUACUGUGAGGGACAGAGGGUUCAGUACCAGUCCUGCAACACACAGCCGUGCGACAGCAGUGAAGGUAAAAGUUUCAGGGAAGAGCAGUGUGAGAAGUACAACAGCCCCAACUACAUGGACCACCAUGGAAAUAUCAAACAGUGGAUUCCAAAGUAUGCCGGUGUUUCUCCCAGAGACAGAUGCAAGCUGUUCUGCAGGGCCAAAGGAAGCAGUGAAUUUAAGGUGUUUGAAUCCAAGGUCAUUGACGGGACGACCUGUGGUCCUGAUACAACAUCAGUGUGUGUUCAAGGCCAGUGUGUAAAAGCAGGCUGCGACCAGGUGAUUGGAUCCAACAAAAGGGUGGAUAAGUGUGGAGUGUGUGGAGGGAAUGGACUCAGCUGUCGGAAGAUCACAGGCUCCUACAACAAAGAAAUCUUUGGAUACAGCGACAUUGUCACAAUUCCCAUCGGAGCCACAAACAUCGACAUUAAGCAGCGUAGCCACAGAGGGAUCAAACACGAUGGAAACUAUCUGGCUGUGAAGAGGGAGAGCGGCGCGUACAUCCUCAACGGUAAUUUCUCCGUAUCUACGGUGGAGCAGGACAUUCCCGUUCUGGGGGCGGUCCUAAAGUACAGCGGCUCCUCCACAACAUUAGAAAGGAUCCAGAGCUUCCAACAGCUAAAGGAGGUCAUCGUCGUUCAGCUCCUGGCCACCGCGGGGGACGUCAACCCCCCGAAGGUGAAAUACACCUUCUUCAUCCCCAGAGAUGUAACGUUCAACAAACCCAAGGAAAAGAAGGAUUCCUACCCGUCUUUGCACAUGAUCAGUCCCUUCGGCGUGCCUGACUGGGUGCUUGGAGAGUGGUCAGAGUGUUCCAAGAGCUGUGGCUUUGGGUGGUCAAGGAGGAGCGUGGAAUGCCGAGACAGUGAGGGAUUCCCAUCCGGCCAUUGCGACAAAGAGCUAAAGCCCACGGACAUCAGGCCCUGCGGGGAUCUGCCGUGUCCCAUUUGGCAGAUGGGGCCUUGGUCGGCCUGCUCACGAACUUGUGGCCAGGGGGAGCGUCGGCGGAGCACCUUCUGCAUAGACUACACUGGAAAGACUAUCGAGCCGGAGAAGUGCGAUCCGAAGAAAACCCCGGAGCCCGUGUCUGGAGAAUGUAACAACCAGGACUGCUUAUGAUUUACGGUGAACAUUUCCCAAUUCUGUUCUGACCGUACAUGGUUGGAUUACUGAGUAGGCUGCACUGGCAACAAGCCCAGGAGUACAAAUAACAACAAAAAUUCACACGAAAUAGACAAAAAGUGUUCAAAACAAACGGGACGAGUACAGUAGCCUCAGAGAUUCAAAGCAACUACAAAGUAAAACUGAUUAAGUUUUAUGUCUCUUGGAUUCCUAAAGUUCAUGGUUGAUCUGCAAAAUUUCAUAUGGCAGUAAUCAUUAUUCUUUUAGUGUUUUACGUGCACAGUAGGAAGGAAAGAGGCCGUACAAAUGUAUGUGUUGUUAAAAACCUUUUAUAUUAAAAUCUUUCCAUGUUAACAGAUGGUUGCAUCAAGAGACAUAAAGGGCUUUUAUUACCACUAUUGAAAUGAAAUAUUACUUUAAAUCUACCUCAAGAUGUAUUAUAUGUAUAGAUUCUAGUUGAAAAUGCCAUGUUCCAGGAGGUGCUUUCUUCGGACUGAGCAGUUUUCUAGUCUUGCUUUCAUAGAAACUAAAUUUGGGGAUGGCACUUAGUACAAUUGGUAUUUUUUCUUCCACAGUGAGACUAGAACAUUAGCAUGAAACCUGCGGUGGAAAAACAAAACAGUGUAUAUAUAACUCCAAAUGGCCUCCAAAGAACUCAAAUACAAAUACUUUGAUCAAGUAAUUUACCUGUUGUUUAGGUAAGUAUUUACAAUGUGUGAUUGUUUCCCUGUGUAACGGCGAACAAAUGUCAUUUGUGUGAAGUGUUUUUAUUCUAAGCUUUCAAGCUUUUGGUGAGUAAACCAUUUCCUGAGUCCAAUUUUUGAUACCAUCUAUUAAAGCAGAUUGGUUCAGGACCUGGCUCGAUGUUUUGAAAUGACAAAAUCUGGUUUGAUUUUAUCCUUCUGUGAAGUCAACUUCUCCAUCAUGACAAUUUAGUCAUUACAGUCUGAUCCUAUCCUAUCCUGAUCAUGUAGUUCUAACCUAUCCCUGUGUAUAAUAAAUUAAUUAAGAGGAACAGAUGUGCAAAUCUUCUCCCCCGAAAUAAAUGUGGCUUUGGAAGUGUUAUUACUAGAUGAAUUGACAAAUAUAUUUUUAGUAUUUUAUUAUAAAUGUAACUAGAAUUUCAUUCAUUUCCAGACUUUGUUAAUGCAUCACAUGAAAACACUUAUAAUUAUUGUAUGUAUCAUGUAUGUAUAUUUGAUUCCUUCAUUCCUUUUGUUAAUUUACAGUAUAAUGUGGAAUAGAUGGCUCAUUAAGCUUAUAUCCCUUCAAUGAAGGACCAUGCUAUUAUAUAACAGCUUUUGAAACUAUUUAUUUUUGUAAGGUUUUUUCAAAUAUGUAAGCAGCCACUGUCUUUGAGUUGUUUUAUGUUAAUAAAAGGGUCAAAUAAAUACAUUUAU